AGCAAACCACAAGGCGGACUCUAGAAGCAGGCAGAGUUCCACCAUGCUCAGCUCAGCUCUGCUAUGUUGCCUGGUCUUCCUGGGUGGGACAGGGGCCAGCCGAGGCCAGGACACCCCCGCUGAGAACAGCUGCAUUCACUUCCCAGGCGGCCUGCCCCACAUGCUCCGCGAGCUCCGUGCUGCCUUUGGCAGGGUGAAGACUUUCUUUCAAACGAAGGAUCAGCUGGACAGCGUGUUGUUAAACGAGUCCCUGCUGGAGGACCUUAAGGGUUACCUGGGAUGCCAAGCCUUGUCUGAGAUGAUCCAGUUUUACCUGAAGGACGUGAUGCCGAAAGCUGAGAACCACAGUCCAGCCGUCAGGGAGCACGUGAACUCCCUGGGGGAAAACCUGAAGACCCUCAGGCUGAGGCUGCGGCAAUGUCAUCGAUUUCUCCCCUGUGAAAACAAGAGCAAGGCAGUGGAGCAGGUGAAGAGCGCCUUCAGCAAGGCAGAGCAAGAGAAUCUUCCAUCCACUGGUUCACUCCUCAAACACCUGCAACAACUGGAGCUGGGCCAUGUAGAAGCCAGGAGAACUCCAUCUGGGUCUCCUGUACGAGUGGCAUGGACUGAAGUUCUUGAACCGUCAUCUGCUGCCUCCUUGGGUGUGCAUUAGCAAGAAGCUAGAAUGGAAACCAAGGCAGGAUUGCCCCCAGGGGCUCCGUUAUGGAAUGCAGGCAUCCCAAGCAAUGGCUGAGCCCACUGCCACAC